AUGCCCCGAGAUCCCGACGACGCUAAAUUGAUAGCGCUUGCUAUACGUCCGCGAGCCACUUCCGCGUACACGGAGCGCAACUGCCAAUUCAAACCUACUGCGCAAGGUGCCUGCUGGAUACAACACACAAAUCGGCCGAUGAGGUUGCUAAAAUCCUUACGCAAUCAGACCCUGGCUUCUUGGCGCGAGGCACCAAUCGCUGAAGGCCAGCCUCAGGCAGAAGAAGUGACAAUGCUACUCCACGGGAAACUCUUGGCUACGAGGUCACAUCGUUCCAAUACUAUCCUUUUCAUGGAAUCGCAUACAGGUCUUCAAGACCACAUCGAUCAGGUCACGUAUUGGCAACCUGCUGGCGUCAAGAGAUACCUCGCAGCCUCUUCCCAAAAUUAUGUCGGACUUAUGGAGGACGGUCAAACUGUGCUGAAAUAUCCCCUACGCAAAACACACGACGCUUUGCAGACUCUGCGCAAGGAGGCCGAGCGCUAUAUUCGUCUUGGUUCCCACAAGAAUCUUUUGACCUUUAAGGGCUUAAACGAUGAUGGGUUGCUACUUGAAUACUGCGAACGAGGAAUGUUACACACCGUCCUCGAGGGACCCGACAAAUUAACCGAUACCCAGAAGAUUACUAUUGGGAAGCAGAUUGUCUGUUGUCUGGUCUAUCUACACGACCACCAUUUUAUCCACUGCGAUCUCCAUGUUCGCAAUGUGUUUGUAACUUCUGACAUGAGUGCCAAAGUUGGCGAUCUCCAAGGGCAAUUAUUUCGACCCGAUGGCAGUAUUGAGAUGGAAACAAUGACACAAGAGAAUGCAAAGUCGCGUCACCCAUACGCAGGUAACGACGAGUUCUCGCGACGGACAGAUAUCUUCGCUUUGGGAACAUUGCUCUACCACUUGUGGCAUGAGCACCCUCCCUUUCCCGAACUUGACGAAUUCACUCAUAAGGAUUUGAUCGAAGCAAGAUAUCGCGCUGGACAUUAUCCUAUUAAUCUUAGGCUGAGUACUGGUAUCGAGAGCAUUAUCGGUAAAUGCUGGCGUUCGAGCUACGAAGGCGUUCACGAGGUGCUCGACGAUAUGGAGAAACUUGAUGGCAUGGAGACGCAGUAUACGACAGUAUAUGCACUGUCCCCGUGA